AUGGAGCAUGCAGAAUCAGCCUUGAUGCCAUCGACAAAAAGUUGGGUCCGAUCGUGCUUAGAUGACAUGAGCUGCCACAGCCCAGAAGACCACAUGGUGAUGCUAUGGCUGAAUUGCCCGGUGGUGGGCAUAAUCAGCAGUGAGAAGUACGACUUCUUCCUGACUUGCGUGUGCAAUUUCCUCGCUGCACGACCAGGAAGAAAGGCUGACGAUGAAGAUGUCAAGGCCAAUCCUGAUGACGACGGUGUCAAAGGAGAAGCAAAGGAUGAGGACAGCAAUGCUGAGUCCGACGGUGAGGGCAAAUCGAAAGGGUUGGUGGCAGGUGAGGAGGCUGAUGUUCGUGAUGUGAUCUACAACUUGGAGAAAGACCUGCGCUUAAAAGACAGGAAUCUGAAGCUGCGCAAUUUGACCUGGGUUUGGGACCCCGCAACGCUUUUUGGAAAACGUGAUGGCGUUUUGACGGGUCUUGCCGUGGUGUCGGGUUUGUCCAAGAACAACAUCAUCAGGCAAACUCGUGGAUGGAAGCAAGGAGUCGUACAUGGAGUAUCCAUGCUUCCCAGAAGCGACUUUUGGAAACCCGAAGUGUCUCCACAAAGGCAAGGUGUGCCACUGCCCCAUUUGGGGCGGGCAUUCACCGAUGUCCAGGAGCUGAAACAAGUUGCUGGUGGCACGGACAUUGUCAAGAAGACGAUGCAGGCGUUCUGCGUGCCAACUUCAAAGGCUACGGCACUGAUCGACUUGCAUGCUUACGAUGGUUUCCCUGCAUUGGCUGCUUUGGAAGAGCUACAGGAGUCAAAGCCGACCAUCUGUGCUUCGAUGGUUUUGGGCAAUUCAGGAGGAGAACUCAUGACAAGACUUGGGAACAAGAUAUAUGAAGCUUGCAGGUCGAAGGCUAUUGACUUGGCAUCCUUUCCGGAUUUUGCCCCAACAAUCAAAGCCUUGCGUGAUGGUCCUGUGUCUCAAAGCACAGCGACAUACAAAGUAUGUGUUCAACACCAUUUCCAGCUCAAGAUCUUACAGUCGAUGGCUGAAAAAUGGGUUCAAACGGAUGCUUUGCGAGAAAAGGCUAUGAGCAUCAUCGAGAAUCACAACAAGCGAUUCAACGUUGGUGGUGAAAUGUGGUUUGAAGAGAGGAGACGUGCUCAUCAUCCCCUUUCCCAUUGA